UCAACUCCUUCCAGCAACCAUGUCUGACAAACCUGAUAUGGCUGAGAUCGAGAAAUUCAAUAAGUCGAAAUUGAAGAAGACAGAAAUGCAAGAGAAAAAUCCUCUGCCUUCAAAAGAAACGAUUGAACAGGAGAAGCAAGCUGGCGAAUCGUAA